CUCCAUGCGAUUUCGCCUCCCACAGUUCCUUCUUCUUCCUCUCCAUCCCACCUCCGUCAAUCCCGAGGCCUCCCCGUUUCCUUCCCUUGUCAAACCCCGUCGUCCUGAAUUCUCCGCGCAUUGCCCUUUCCAUUUGUUCCCUGGGGGAGAAAAAGCAGAACGGGAAACGGAGGGGCUUUCCGAUUUCGGCGGCGACUCAGGGGAGAGCUGAAAAAGCUACUGCUUGUUGCAACUUCCGAAUUCACCGGAAAAAGGUGCUUCUUCUUCGUCUCUCUCUCUCUCUCUCUCACUCUCUCUUCGUCUUCGUCUUCUAUGCCGUUCUGCUGCCUAGGCGUUUCUCUGCUACUCUUUCCGUUUCGCAUCUCCAUGUGUUGAAAUUGAGACGUGAAUCAUUCCCCCUUCCGGCGGCUGGAUUUCCGAUUUAGUUCCGUACUCUUUUUGCUACUGCUUUGCCGCCGGCGAGUGAUGGAUCUGCUUCAUCUCAACUGGACAAAAAUGCAAUUUGAUCUUUCGCGAUCGAUUCCCUGAGCUGCAGCUCGCGAUUCCGAUGGCAGAUCCUUGCUCGAUAAACCUUUCCUUUUCUUGUUCUAAUUCCCCGCAGGAUUGAUUGAGGUUUCUAUGCUUGAUUUGCUUGCGUUUUUCCGCCCUCUCUUCCUAGUCUCUACUCCGUUUAAAUUGUUCAGAUGAGGUAUUUCGGUUUCCACUUGCGUAAAAUUUCUCUUUUUAGGGUUUUAUUUAAUAGCGCCGGAGUUCUCCGAUGGCGAUCCGGUUGAGGACUCUGUAGAUUUGCGUGUUCGUUUAGACUUCUUUCUUUUCAUGGUCCUGUUUCGUGAUCAAUCACUAUUUACUUAAAACGAAGCCUUAGUUGAAUCUCAGAUUCAAUUCCAAAUUCGGAUGGUGAAUUUGUCAAUUGUGAAUGCAGAUACUCUGCUGCUGUAUCUUUCAAAGGCAUUCGCACUCGUAGUCUCAUGAAGAGCGAUCUGUUGUGACUGAGGAAUUUCGUCGAGCAUCGAUAAAGGAUUUUAAGUGGACGAGGGAGAGGGAGAGGGAGGAUGUCUUCGCCAAGCAAAGCUGAUAAGAAGGCAUCUCUCGAUGCAGCUUCAUGGAUGUUCAAUGUCGUCACUUCUGUUGGAAUUAUCCUCGUCAACAAAGCCCUCAUGGCUACCUAUGGCUUCAGCUUUGCAACAACGCUAACCGGUCUCCAUUUUGCCACAACGACCUUGUUAACGCUUGUCCUAAGAUGGCUAGGAUACAUCCAGCCGUCUCAUUUACCAUUGGGAGACCUAUUGAAGUUUGUUUUCUUUGCAAACUUCUCCAUCGUUGGUAUGAACGUGAGUCUAAUGUGGAACUCAGUUGGAUUUUAUCAGAUUGCAAAGCUAAGCAUGAUCCCUGUUUCAUGUUUUCUGGAAGUCGUCUUGGAUAAAGUACGAUACUCAAGAGACACCAAACUAAGCAUCUUAGUAGUCCUUCUCGGAGUUGCUGUCUGUACUGUUACAGAUGUGAGCGUUAAUGCCAAAGGAUUCAUAGCUGCCUUAAUAGCAGUUUGGAGCACUUCGCUGCAGCAAUAUUAUGUACACUAUCUACAACGGAGGUACAAUCUAGGUUCUUUCAACUUGUUGGGGCAUACUGCUCCAGCACAAGCUUCAUCUCUGCUGCUAGUGGGUCCCUUUGUGGACUACUUUUUGACGAGUAAAAGAGUGGACGCCUAUCCCUUCAGUUUCACAUCUGUGGCGUUCAUAGUUCUGUCGUGCACCAUCGCCGUGGGUACGAACCUGAGCCAGUUCAUCUGCAUCGGUAGGUUCACCGCCGUGUCGUUCCAAGUGCUGGGACACAUGAAGACCAUCCUCGUCCUGAUUCUGGGAUUCAUCUUCUUCGGCAAGGACGGUCUGAACCUGCACGUCGUCUUCGGGAUGAUCAUCGCCGUGGCUGGGAUGGUCUGGUACGGCAACGCCUCAGCUAGGCCCGGAGGGAAAGAGCGCCGCAGCGUUUCCAUGAACGGCGGCAGCAAAGCCCAGAAGCAGGAAGACUCGGCGGAUGCCACCGAGGAAGCUGAAGAAAAGGUAUGAGCAGAAACAAAGUAGUUCUCCAAAUCUGUUCUCUUUGUUCAAAAUGAAGGUAUUUUGGAGGAAUCAACCACUACUUGGUUGUCGUGGAGGUUUAGAAGAGGGACACGGAUAUUUUUACUACCACAGGUCACUUUGAGUGAUCGAUUCUUUUUGUUGCUAUAGUAAUUUAUUUCUCUACUGAGGAGGAGGGGAGAAAGGCUGUAAUUUGUUCCUCUACCAGGAAAUUACACACUAUUUUAUGAUUGGGGCAUGUAAUCUUUUUGUCUCUCGGUCCUUACUUUUUAUACACAAGCUAAUCAAAUUCUUCAGUAGCAUUCUUUUCUUCUCUGUUUUCAGCUUAUUAUUGUUUGACUCGGAUCUCUAUUGCAUGCUGUGUUCUCUUCUUGAUUAUGGUACUCAGAUUCAACCAGUAUAGCAUUGGUAUUGAGUUGGUGGUAGUGGACUAGUGGUGUGUGCAAUGGUUUGGUUUGUACGGGAUUGUAACUGAGCAAAUCGAUGUUUGGAUCAUAGGGACCGAAUAAAAUGUGGUCCAGUCA